AUGGCGAAGCUUGCGAUCGUCGCGAUCGUCCUACUGGCGAGCGCCGUCUCGCAGUCCCAGAGAAUAAUCAGGGAAACGCCCACACCAUCCGCAGAUGCGAACGUAACGACCAUCAAGGACAUCCUGCAGAAGAUCUCGGGCGGGGACUCGGGUAUCAAGGACGAUGCGAAGCUCGUCGAGAUCAUUAAGGAGGAAAUCGUGAAGACGGCGGAGGAGAUUAAGGCGCCCACGGGCUCGAUCGAGGCGGCCGCUGGAAAAGCGCAGAGAUUGGUGGCCGAAUUGACCGCGGCGUACACGAACGCUAUCUACAAGUCCAAGUCAUCCGAGGAUAGUCGAGAGACCUUUGUGCGCUUCCAGACCAUCGUCCAGGCGAUUGUGGAAUUCAUCAAAAACGGCCAAUUCUUGGCAUAAUUUCUGAAAAAAUUCCACCCUCUCCCGCUGCCUAUUUUAAGUAUGUCGUUGGCUUAUUUAUUCGUUAUGCGUGUACGUCUGUCGUCAAGGCCACAAAUGUAUCACAGAAAGAAUCGAUAAAUAUAAUUGUGAAUUA